AGCGGAGCCUGCGGAAGACGGGAGCCGCUGCACCUUGGAUCCAAGGCCGAGUCAGGGCAUGGCUACGCCGAUGGCCCUGUAAGAGCAAAGCCGCCGCGGGGUCCGCCAUGCGCCGGCGGCCCUGACAUGGGUGCCAGCGGCUCCAAAGCUCGGGGCCUAUGGCCCUUCUCCUCCGCGACGGGGGGCGGCGGCCCGGAGGCUGCAGCUGCUGAGCAAGCUUUGGUGCGUCCGCGAGGCCGAGUUGUGCCCCCCUUCGUAUUCACGCGCCGCGGCUCCAUGUUCUAUGACGAGGAUGGAGAUCUUGCUCAUGAAUUCUAUGAGGAGACAAUCGUCACCAAGAAUGGGCAGAAGCGGGCCAAGCUGAGGCGGGUGCAUAAGAACCUGAUUCCUCAGGGCAUCGUGAAGCUGGAUCCUCCCCGUAUCCACGUGGAUUUCCCCGUGAUCCUCUAUGAGGUCUGAGCUUAGGGGGUUGCAGGCCUAAGCACCUCCUGCCUCAGCAAGAAACCCUCAGGCUCAAAGCGUGGCUUCCAUUGAGGAACUAGGCUGGAGCCACAAUCCUGAAUAAACUCCGUAGGCUUGGAACCUUCAGCUGUGAGCAGGGCAAUUCUGCAAUGUGGGGUGGGUGGGUGCUGGUUUGCAGACACGAGGUAGUUGGUGGCUGGUGAGGGCUAAUGACAGAGUUACCAGCCCACCUUCCCUAGCAAUCCCUACAAGGCCCAUGGCAGGGCAUAUGCUGAUGGGGAUGCCUGGUUCCUGUGCCCUUGCCUGGCCUGCUUUCUUCCAAGUUUGCCCAGGGCCCAACCCUACUAGGGGCUACAGCACUUUACAAGUAAGGUCUGCCUUCUCCCAGCCCCGGGGCUGUGAGAGCUGCACACAAGCGGGAACUUCCUUUCCUUCACUUCCUUUACCCCUUCGUUGGAGCAUUUCAGCCGUUUGCUACCUCGAUUCCUCCUCUGUCGGACAGAGGCUGGGGGCAACGCAAGCCUGAUUCUUCCUACCUACCUGCCCCUGUGUUCCCACCCCCAGAUGGAUGGACCGUUUGCUGGCUGUUAACAGGAGUAGGGACUGGUGUGGAGGGCUUCUCCCUCUACCCUGACCAGGCUGAUCCCACUGUAACUAGUUGUUGUCCCUUGAUGUCGCCCUCCCCUCCUCCUCCCAGUUGAGAGGGCACAGGGUGGGAUCAGGAAGGGCUAUCGAUGCCUGUGCCUACCCGCCUGCUCCAUCUCAUCUCCCUUGCCUUUUGCACCAGCCAACCCCCCCCGCCACACACACACACACACAUUGAGAGGACACCAUCCACCACCCUGUGAUGAGAGACAGCAUCCUGGGGCUGGUGCCAAUAGUUCUGAGUCCACUGCCCCUUCCGCCGCAGUGCGCCUGCCCACCCCUUCAGGAUCAGCCGGGGGGAGUGCUGGAGCCCCUGGGUAGGGAGAAAGGAGAGAGCAACCGUAACAGGAAUACUUAAAAUGUGAAAGUUUGUAAAUAGUCUAGUCCAUGAUGUUGUUAGGGCAGAGUCUGAUUUCUACACAGAAAUGACUUUUUUUUUUUCAUUGUUUAAUUCCUUACUGUGCAAGCUCUGUGCUUCAAGACUGGGAAAUGGUGUGGGGAAGGUAGACCCCAAUCUAGGAAGGGUGUUAUGUUAUUUGUUCAGUUUCAAUAAAAUUAUUUGUAGACCCUGCAUACAA